AUGGAGAACAGGACAGAAGUGACACAGUUCAUCCUGCUGGGACUGACCAGUGACCCAGGCCUGCAGGUUCCUCUCUUCACAACCUUCCUCCUCAUCUACGUCAUCACUGUGGUUGGGAACCUGGGGAUGAUCCUGCUGAUUCUCUUGGACUCCCGGCUACACACUCCCAUGUACUUCUUCCUGGGUAACCUGUCUCUGGUGGAUUUUGGUUACUCUUCAGCUGUAACACCUAAAGUCAUGGCUGGGCUCCUUAUAGGAGACAAAGUCAUUUCCUACAAUGACUGUGCUGCUCAGAUGUUCUUUUUUGCAGCCUUUGCUACUGUAGAAAAUUUCCUAUUGGCCACCAUGGCUUAUGAUCGCUAUGCAGCAGUGUGUAAGCCUCUGCAUUAUACUACCACCAUGACAACAAGUGUGUGUGCCUGGCUAGUCAUAGGCUGUUACGUCCUUGGUUUCUUAAAUGUCUGUAUCUACACUGGGAACACGUUCAGUCUUUCUUUCUGCAAGUCUAAUGUGGUCCAUCACUUUUUCUGUGAUAUUCCAGCAGUCAUGGCUCUGUCAUGCUCUGAAAGACAUAUUCAUGAGUUGGUCCUUAUUUGUGUAGCCAGCUUCAAUAUUUUCUUUGCUCUCAUAAUAAUCUUAGUAUCCUACCUUAUCAUUUUUAGCACUAUCCUAAAGAUGCAUUCAGGUGCAGGAAAUCGGAAAGCUAUUUCCACCUGUGCCUCUCACUUCACUGCAGUCUCCAUUUUCUAUGGGACCAUUAUCUUCAUGUACCUACAGCCCAGCUCCAGUCAUGCCAUGGACACAGACAAAAUCAUAUCUGUGUUCUACACAAUGAUAAUCCCCAUGCUGAAUCCCAUGGUCUACAGUCUGAGGAACAAGGAGGUCAAGAGUGCAUUCACAAAGAUUUUUCUGAAAGAAAAAUAA